AGUGUGAUUUGCUUUAGCCGCUCCCUCCCGCGUUCCCCCUUGGAGCUCCGCUGGCGGGUGCAGCCUUUUCCGAAAAAAAGGAAAAAACAAAACAAAACAAAACAAAACACCACGGCGGUGGGAGGAAGCGUCGGCUUAGCUCUCACCCCCACAGUCCAGGUUUGGGCCCUCAGAGGGUGGGUUCUGGAGGGGUCCGGCUGCUUGCAGGGCUGCUUUUCCCGGUGGGUCUCACAGGACAUCGUUGUUAAGCUUCCUCUUCGUGGGCUCCUGCGUGCUGACAGCAAAGGAAGAUGGUGUUUCCCUUUCCUCUGGGGUCCAGAGCACGACAGUCUUGUUUAGGGUCCUUUGACCACCCAGCAGGUCCUGGAGAUGACUGGUUUUUGUGAGGACCGGCUGGUUACUAGGGAAACUCUUUGGAUUGUGGCUUUGGUGGGGUGGUUAUUAAGAGAGCUUCAUUGAACCCAGGGGAACUGUAACCUGCCACAACUCAACCUAAGAUGGAAUAGGCUUUUCAAGUCACCAGGCUCCAACCCUGGUCCAUUGUUGGAAGCCCCUGUGCAGCGUGCACUUCCUAAUUCAGGAAGUAAGACCGGUCGUUGUAUACAGAUUCAGUUUUUAGGAAGACGUUUCUUUUACAUCUUCUUAAAAGAGGAAAUCUUCCUGUAAAUUCCAGUCAAGGGUCCUCUUAAUUCAGAGUUUAUGCUUUCAGAGUUAUAGAACCCAAUUGGGUCACUUUAGGGAACUCACAUCACAGAAGUUUUGAUGAGGUUUUAGAAUCUGCCCUCUUUCUUGAGCAGUACACGGUGCAAGCACGUGAAGGUAGUUGGAGUUCCUAGCAAUGGAUAAAUUUGUCAUUCGAACGCCCAGAAUCCAAAGUAGUCCUCAGAAGAAAGAUCCUGGAGGAAAGAUUUACAAGCAGGCCACCAUUGAAUCUCUGAAGAGAGUUGUGGUCAUAGAAGACAUAAAAAGAUGGAAAACUAUGUUGGAGCUUCCUGAUCAAACCAAGGAGAAUCUAGUUGAAGCCUUACGAGAAUUAAAGAAGAAAAUACCCUCCAGGGAAGUGUUAAAAUCAACAAGGAUUGGUCACACUGUGAACAAGAUGCGUCAACACUCAGAUUCAGAAGUGGCUUGUCUUGCCAGAGAAGUUUACACUGAGUGGAGAACUUUCAUUGAAGAACAUGUGGAUAGACCUUCUAUAGUAGUCCGAAGUGAUCCCAAAACUGAAACACUUAGGAAAAAUGCCCAGAAAUUACUCUCAGAAGCCUUGGAAUUGGAGAUGGAUCACCUACUGGUUGAAAAUAUUGAACGGGAAACGUUUCAUCUCUGCUCCCGCCUCAUUAAUGGGCCGUACCGGCGGACGGUGAGAGCCCUGGUCUUCACAUUAAAGCAUCAAGCUGAAAUCCGGGCUCAGGUGAAGAACGGCACGCUGCCAGUCGGCACGUUUGUACAGACCCACAAAAAGUGACCCGAGGACGGUUCCACCCCUGGGCUGGGCAGAAAGGAAAAUGGGCCUCUCUCUGCCAUUCAAAGAUUCUUUUGAGUUUGGGCGAUGGCUGUUGCUGGCUGUGCUAAAUUUUCCCGUGGUGCCAUGUUCCAGACAGAGGAUGCAGAGAGCCCUGGGAGACAGGCCGCAGGAAGCGCUUCAUUAGCUGUAGUGCGCUGGGGCUGCCUGACAGGAUGUGCGCUCGUUGUCACUAGGAAGCGCGGCAUGGUUGCCAUCACCCAGCACAGUGAAAGGGUGACAGAUUUCACUGUGAAUAUGCCAAGGACACCUCUAAAUGUCCCCCGUGUCAGGCAGAUGAAGUUCCUACUUUAUUUCGCCACCCUGCAGGUAACUGAAACUCAAUUACCGCUGCUGCUCACUCGGUUCCGUCCCCCUGAGUUUAGAUAGCGCCAGUGCCUCUCAGAACUCCCCCGUCUGUUCUCUUUGCUCUACCCCAGGGGUGAGCCUGCCAGAGCCCGCCAACCACCCCUUCUUUCCAGAACUCACUUAUCUGAACGUUUCAGCUCUCCCUGGAAGACCUUCUGUGUUGGGCUCCGGAGCCCCCAUGCUGAGGCUUCUAAUGAGGAACUGGCCUGAAGCAUCCCUACACCUUGAGGUUUAUUUGAAUAUGUCAGCUCUCGGUUUAAGGUUCUGCAGAAGAUACAUGAUGAAAUUUCUUUUGAAAUGAAUUCCUGUAGGAGAAAAAUUGUAUAUGUGUGUGCUUUAAAAUGAAAUACCUCUACAUAGACUUGCUUGAACAAUUCCGUAAAUGAUACUUGCUUUU